CAUUUUCACCCGGCAACGAGUAGAUUUUUCUGUUCUGUUUUGCAUGUUAAUGUUGGUUUUGUUUCCUGUGAGAGGAUUUUUUCCCACCCUCAAAUAUAACUACAGAAAUGGGUCUACCAUGGAAAUUGUUGAUACUUGUUGCAAUUGCAAUAGCUGUACUAUGUCAAUUAGAAGUUACACAGAACAAAUGGGUUGUUUCAAAGUCACUAAGCCUUAAAGCUACUGUAGAUGAUACAUUUAGCUUUAUGACGUCAUUAGAUUAUGUUGACAAGUGGUUUCCAUUUGUAUCUAGAGUUAGGCAAGCAGAUGGUCGACCUUUAGGUGUUGGCAAAAAACUAUUUGCUGUUUAUGACAUUCCUGCCUAUGGUGAAUACCAAAUGUUAUAUAGAGUAGUAGAGUAUAAAAAAGGUAAACUAAUUGUUGUGGAAGGAGACAAUUUGCUUAAACCUCGAAUAGAAUUUGGCUUUGCAAAAGUGAAAGAAUCUGUAUGCAAAUUGACUAUUACUAUAUCUUUCCGCAGAAUGAGUUACUUUUUCCAGUAUACCUUUGCACCUGUGCUCAACUUCUUGGUGAACCAGAAACUACAGCAUGCAUUAUUUUUACUGAAAUCUGUUUUCCCAUAUUAAAAUAUGGUGCAUUACAAGUUGCGUUAGAUUCAAAUAAAUUUAUAAAACAAACUUUAACAAUAGUCAUGCACAAUGAUGUGAAGUUAAAUACAUUAAAUCACUCAUUAGCUCACUUUAAAGAGAAGUUUUUUGACAAAAUGCAUAGCACAUAUCUUUGGAUUUUAUACAGUUCUUAGGGUUGGUUAAAUAUAAAAAGUUAUCUGUGUGGUGCAUAAAAAAAGGAAUAUAUAUAAGUUUUUAAGCAGGGAUUGCUGUUGAUGGUUUAUAUUUUGUACAAAAAGCUCUUGCAAUUCCACUUUUAAGUAACUGCCAUUGUUAUACUUUCAUUUUCAUGUUGUAUACAGAAAUAUGAAAUUCUUCAUAUAAUAAAAAUAUUUAUGAUUAUUUUUUAAAAUAUUAAACCAUACUUGUUUUUAGUGUGUAAUGUUGCAAUUCUCUUUUACUUUAAUGAUCUAUAAUAUUUUGGCUAAUCAUUACCUUUAAUUUCUUCAAGGAGUUGACAAAUAUAUAUGUAUUUCAUUUUUUCAUUUAUAGUUAUCCUAAAAAAAAUUGAAUGAUAUAUUUUGGAUUGAAUUUUGAAUGUCUAAAGUUAAUUUAGUAAUCUAAUUGAAUUGCUUUUGCAGUAAAUUAAAUUGACUCGUAACUGAACAAAAAAAAUUGUGCAAUUCCUUUUUUUAUUUGAAGGAAUUCAUUCCCACAGAAGUUAAUCUUUUAACUCAAAAAGUGGUUAACUGUUUCCAUUGAAGAAGUUGAAUUAACAUGAGUAUAAUUUUGUAUCAUCAUCAAAGAAUUUCAUCACUUUAAUAAAUUUACUGCUUAAUAACUUAUCCUAAAAUGAUGACAGGAUUCUCAAUUUCAUUUAGAAAUUUUGUGCUUAGAGUAAAAAAUAUAUGUGCCAUUAUAAAAGCAUUUUCCAAUUAAAAAUCAAGGCUACUUGAAUGGUAUGUUUAUAAACAAAGAUAAAUCAUUUGAAAUUUAUAUUAUUCAAUUGAAUUUGUAAAAUUAAAAUUUAAUAUUAUAAUAAAAUAUAAAUAUAUUGUUGUAAAUAGUAGAUAAUAAUAUGUAGUAGAAAUUUUUAAGAUUUAUCAUAAAGGGAUAUUUAACACAAUAAAUAAUUUAAUUGUAACCAGUUUCGACAUGUCAGGCUUUUAACUUUAUUUCCUUCAAGCAUAAGUUAGGUGAACUGAAGGAACUCUUUCAAGCUCAAUCUAAAUUCUUGGAAAUGAUUGCUGCUUGUUUAAAUAUUAAUCCCAGAGUCAUAACUAGUGCAUUGUUGCCAUAGCCAGUUUAUUAGAUAUGCAAAAAUUGGAAAAAAUAUUUAUGAAUCUUACUAUAAAAAAGUUUUAAAAGUUAUAAUAAAAUGUCAAAAGGGACAUCAUUUUGAAAAUUCAUUUUAAUGUUUAUUGUAAAAAAUGUAAUGAAUUAUAAUUUUAAAAACUUUAUAAUAGACUAUCUAAUGCUAAUAAUUUUAUUUUAAAUGAAAUUAUUAAUUUUUAAAAAUUUUUAUUUAAAAUUUAAUAAAAGUAUUGAAAUGAAAAAUUUUUAGUUUUAAUUUUUCUUAAAUGAAGUUUCAAUCAUUUUUUAACUUUUAUCUAAUUGGUGAAAAAAAUAAACUAGUUAUUUAUAUGUGCAUAGUACAUAAAAUAGUUAAUAUUUCUAAUUAGCUUGAAAAUCAUAAUAUUCACAUUGACCAUUGUUAUAAAGGAAAGGUUUUCCUUAUGAGGUUGUAAUAGUGCCUGUGUCUUCACUGUGGCCUUAUAUGUUAACGUAAUUCUGUGUUUAUUUUUUUCCCACUGGUAGUUUUUAACUAUUUAUAUAUUGACAGCAUAGUAUAAAAAGACAAAAACUCAAAAAAUGUGUAUAAUAGAUAUGAUUAUAAACUUUUUUUUAUCUUGUCCAAAACUAUUGUUUAAGCAUAAUGAAACUCAAUUUUUGAAUUUUUUUGAAUUCAGUAUUAAACUUUCAAUGCAUAACUAAGAAAUUUUUUUUGUUGUUGUUGUGCUGUCAAUGUAUAAAAUCACAUAAACAAAUGUUUUUUGCGUAUGACUAUUUUUAUUUCUCAAAAUAUUUAUUUUCCUUUACAUUAAUAUUAAUUAAUUUAUAUUUAGAAAUAUUGUUAUGUUACAAUACUUUCUUUUCAAAACAUAUGGUUAAAUCCUUGUCGUAUAAAAAAUAAAAUUAUAUGUCCUGUUUAUGGUUUUGUAUAUAAUAUGUUUCACUAUAAUUAUGUUAUACCUUGUAAAAUUAAAUAAAUUAUGUUUAUAAUUCUUUAGAGUUGAAUUUUGCUCAAUCUAGAGUAGAAUUUUUCUUUAAAUUCAUUUAAUACAAAGAUUAUCUUUAUACCAAAACCAGUUGUACUAAUAUGAUUUGUUAAAUUUUCGUUUUGCCAGCAGUUUUUGUCUUUUAAUUUGUUGAUUAAUAUUAACUCUAUGUUGAAUAAUAGUUAAAGUUGGCUUCAAAAAAUAACGUUCUGUUAUUGAUGUGAUAUAAUGCAUUUUGAUUUUAGUUACUAAUUAUGCUAACAGUGUGAUAUGGCUGAAUUUAAAUAAUUAAUCUAGUGAUAAAUUGUUUUGUUUUGAUGUGUAUAUACAUGAGGGGGGUAUUAAUGUUUAUAUAUUUUUCUAUACAUUGCUCAAUUUAUGUUGAUAAUAUGAUUUUUGCAUUUCAGAAAGGACUGGAUUUUUAUGCUUACAGUAAAAGUUUUUUUUUAAAACAAAUUUUCUUUUCUCAGUUUCUUUUUUUUUUAGUGAUAAAUACAGGUAUGUUUCAUAACUAAUGCAAUAAACUUUAAAGGAUGGUUGAAUUUAUUGAAAGUUCAUUAUAUAUUGAAAAUCAUAGCACUAGGAAGCACUUUUCACCAUGGUAACUAUCAUUUGAUACAAUGCAUAAGCAGGCUUUGGAUUCAUGAAAGGGGCCAAACUUUAUUUAAAACAAAAUAGAGACUGUUACUCCUCAUACACAUGUUAAACACUUGUGAUAGAAAGAUUCCCUAUUAAUUGUGAAAAAUUUGGACAUACCUCUGACAACGUUUAUCUAUAUUUUCCAUGGUUGUAUUCAAGGUCAUUUCAAAUCAUAAAUGGCCUGCAUAUGAAAUCUCUUUUAUAUAAAUGACUAUAAAACCAUUUGAACACAUCUUGCAUUUAAUUGCAACUGAGCAUUCUGAAUGAAUAUUGUUUGUUUAAGUGCAUUUAACCACUCUUGAAUGUUUAUUGCAUUAUUUUUGGAACAUCUUGUAUUGCAAUUUUUUAUAUGUGAAUCAUUUGCUUUACUUUCAAAUUAAUUUCCUCUGAUGAUUAUUUCAUUUCAUCUUUUUAAAUGAAGUCAUUUGUUCAUUGUACUUGUUCAAAUAUUUUUAUGAAUUUAUUUUUGAAUCUAAGGUUGCUAUGUAUUUUUUUUUGUUAUUAUAGCUUUAUAUAUAUAUAUAUUAUGUGAAGUUCAAAAGCAGUUCUAGGUUGAUUUAUAUAGUAUUAUUUUUCUUUUUAGUUUUCUUGUGUUUUAUAUUUUUUUAAAAUUGUAUGUGGAUAAUUGUUUUCAAAUGUGGUUAAGAAUUUCAUAUAAAAUUUUGAUUUAUAUUAUUGUGUUUGAAUUCAUUUGUUUUUAUAUGACAAAUUUAUUUG